CGGGCGUGACGUCACGGCCCCGCCCGCGGGGUGAAGCUGCAGCCGCAGCGCGGGCCGGGGGCGGCCGGGCGGGGACCGAGCUGCGCCCGGCGGCAGGAGCCCAGCCUCGGGGAGGGAUGACGCCCGUCUGGACCCUCAGGGACGCCCAGCAGCCCUGCCUAGGAUGAUCCCCCCGGCAAGCAGCACCCCUCCGGGAGAGGCCGCCUUCCCUAGCACGGCUCUGCAGGACUUCUGGAGGGCUCAGGGCUUGGCCUGCUCGGGGUCCGUGACUCAGCACAUCAGCCACCGGGCCAACAACUUCAAACGACACCCCAAGAGAAGGAGGUACAUUCGUCCCUCUCCACCUCCACCGCCCAACACCCCAUGCCCUAUUGAGCUGGUGGACUUUGGGGACCUGCACCCCCAGAGGUCCUUCCGGGAGCUGCUCUUCAACGGCUGCAUUCUGUUCGGCAUUGAGUUCAGCUACGCCAUGGAGACCGCGUAUGUGACCCCGGUGCUCCUACAGAUGGGCCUGCCCGACCAGCUCUACAGCCUGGUGUGGUUCAUCAGCCCUAUCCUCGGAUUCCUGCUGCAGCCUCUGCUGGGCGCUUGGAGUGACCGAUGUACCUCAAGGUUUGGAAGGAGACGCCCUUUCAUUCUUGUCCUGGCUAUAGGGGCACUGCUAGGCCUCUCGCUCUUGCUGAAUGGCAGGGACAUCGGGGUAGCGCUGGCCGACACGGCGGGCAACCAUAAGUGGGGCCUCCUGCUGACCGUGUGCGGGGUGGUGCUGAUGGACUUCAGCGCCGACUCGGCGGAUAACCCCAGCCACGCCUACAUGAUGGACGUCUGCAGCCCUGUGGACCAGGACAGAGGCCUGAACAUCCAUGCCCUCCUGGCAGGGCUUGGAGGAGGGUUUGGCUACGUGGUCGGGGGGAUCCACUGGGACAAGACCAGCUUCGGGAGAGCCCUGGGGGGGCAGCUCCGCGUCAUUUACAUCUUCACCGCGGUCACCCUGAGUGUCACCACCAUCCUGACCCUGAUCAGCAUCCCUGAGAGGCCCUUGCGCCCCCUGCGCCAGCAGAGGACGGCUAUGAAGAGCCCCAGCCUGCCGCUGCCACCCUCCCCGCCCGUCCUGUUUGAGGAGGGCACAGGCACCACGGUCCCCUGCCACACGGCCACCAUCUUCUCCAGCCCCAUCUCCCCACUCAGCCCCCUGACGCCCAAGUACGGCAGCUUCCUCAGCAGGGACAGCUCCUUGACGGGCAUCAACGAGUUCGCAUCCUCCUUCAGCACCUCCAACAUCGACAGUGUCCUCAUCGACUGCUUCACAGGAGGCCACGACAACUGCCCGGGCCUCCCCGCCAGCCUCCCCAGGCAGGCCCUGAGCGUCAGCUUCCCCCGGGCCCCCGACGGCUUCCACCGCCAGGACCGUGGGCUUCUAGAGAGGCGGGAGGGUGCCCUGACCGCUGGCUCCGACAGAGACGUUUUGAGGGUGGGCUCCUUGGACACCUCUAAGCCAAGGUCAUCAGGCAUUCUGAAGAGACCUCAGACCUUGGCAAUCCCAGAUGCUGCCGGAGGAGGCGGUCCCGAGACCAGCAGGAGGAGGAACGUGACCUUCAGUCAACAGGUGGCAAAUAUUCUACUCAACGGCGUGAAGUAUGAGAGUGAACUGACUGGCUGCAGCGAGCAGGCGGAGCAGCCGCUGUCCAUGAGGCGCCUCUGCGCCACCAUCUGCCACAUGCCUGUCGCACUGCGCAGUCUCUGCGUCAACCACUUCCUGGGAUGGCUCUCGUUCGAGGGCAUGCUGCUCUUCUAUACGGACUUCAUGGGCGAGGUGGUGUUUCAGGGGGACCCCCGGGCCCCACACACAUCGGAGGAGUAUCAGAAGUACAACCGCGGCGUUACCAUGGGCUGCUGGGGCAUGUGCAUCUACGCCUUCAGUGCUGCCUUCUACUCAGCCAUCCUGGAGAAGCUGGAGGCGCUCCUCAGCGUCCGCACCCUCUACUUCAUUGCCUACCUCGCCUUCGGCCUGGGGACGGGGCUGGCCACGCUGUCCAGGAACCUGUAUGUGGUCCUGUCUCUCUGUGUGACCUACGGGAUCCUGUUCUCCACGCUCUGCACCCUGCCCUACUCCCUCCUCUGUGACUACUACCAGAGCAGGAAGCAGCCGGGCUGGAAUAUGGUGACUGCACCUCCCCAUCUAAUUCACCCAUGUGAUGUGCACGUUUGCAGGGUCCAGCGCAGACGGCACCCGGCGGGGCAUGGGCGUGGACAUCUCUCUGCUGAGCUGCCAGUACUUCCUGGCCCAGAUCCUCGUCUCCCUGGUCCUGGGGCCGCUGACCUCGGCCGUGGGCAGCGCCAGCGGUGUGAUGUACUUCUCCAGCCUUGUGUCCUUCCUCGGCUGCUUGUACUCCUCCCUGUGCGUCAUUUAUGAAAUCCCUCCCAGCGACACGGCGGACGAGGAGCACCGGCCCCUCCUGCUGAAUGUCUGAUGUGCCUAAGCCUAGACUUUGGACUCGUGCCCUUCCUGGGGGGUCUGGAGCGAGGCUGAGCAAUGACAGAUCAAGGGGCAUUGGGAGACUGGGGGGGGGGACAGGCCUCCUGCUGGAAUGUAAAUAUGUGAUAAAAUAAUAAACAGCAGCAGCAAAGCC